AUGACGAGUAAGACUAUUAUUAUCUUUAUUCUUUCCCAUUACUCAUUAGCAAGAACAAUAAUUAAUUCACAUCUGGAUCAAGAUUCCAAUAUACAAGAAUCUAUAAUCAACUGUGGUACAGAAAUUGCGAAUAAGCAUUUCGACUACCGCAUACAUACCGCUGUAUACUUCAAUGACGUUGAAAUAAAACAUGUUAAUUCAUUCUUGAUAUCGUACAAGGGAACUGUUAUCAUAGAAUGCAAAAGGGACACAGCUCCACCGAAGCAAGUGGUUGUGAUUGUUGAAACAUUCCAUUCGUUCAUGAAAAUAUUGUACAGAAUGAAACCAGAUCUCAGAGGAAAAACUUUGUUAAGCAGCGGUGCGAAAUUUAUAAUAUUAUUUCUAUCAACACCCAAGAAAGUUCAUAAAAUAUUCGCUAUUUUGUGGAGUUACCAUGUGACGAAUGUAGUUACAAUUGCGAACGAGAAAACCAACAUUACAAUGUACACAUAUUUUCCUUAUCGUAAUCAGUUUGAUUGUCAGAAUACUCUGCCGAAACUUAUUGGCGUUUGGAAAGAAAACGCAACUACUGAAAAUAUUUUUUCAAACAAGAUGAAGAAUAUGCAAGGGUGUCCCCUUUACAUAUCAACCGAUAAGCUAUAUCACCCUGAGUUGGAGUAUAAGGUUCCUUUGCAAAUAAUAAAAAAAGUAUUAUUGAAACUACUCAGGGACAAAAUGGAUUUUACGGCCGUCACGUCAAUUAGAGAUUACGUUAGCUUGGAUUUGCAUAGAGCUCGCAACUGGUCUGACUCGCUCAAUGACGUGGUUUCAGGGAGAGAUAACAUCUCCACUUGCAGUAUUCCACUAGGGGUGGACAAAUCAGGACUUCUAGAUUUUUCUACACCCUAUUUCCGUGUUCGUCAUGGAUGGCUAGCUCCGCCGAUAUCGCCGGGACCGGUCCUGUGGCGGCUACUGACACCGUUGAACGGUUAUCUGUGGCUCAUCCUUUUAAUAGUUGUAACUAUCGUCAAUUCAAUUCCAAUCGUAUGGAAGAUAAGAUCAGUUAAAAAAUUUGGAAUGACUUACUUUAAAAACUUCAAAAGAUUACAUGGAAUUAUUUUCCGGAGUUGGGGCGUGAUGAUGGGUCAGCCAGUCAGGAUGGCGCCAAAACGGUUCCGAGAUUUAUACAUAAUCGGCCUGUGGAUUUGGUUUACUUUUGUUGUGAGAAGUGCCUAUCAGAGUGUGCUCAUAUUGGCUUUGAAAACUGACACCGCGGACGGUGCCUUCAAUAAUUUGAAGGAAAGUAUUGACUACGGUUACAAAUUCGGUGGGCGCGCUACUUUCAUUAACUAUUUUGAAUACGACCAAGGCAUCAAGGAUAUGUUUAUCGUUAUUCCGGAUUCUGAAUUUGAUAAUAUGUUUUGGGAUGUAGUGGAGGGGAGGAAGAAGUUUGUGCUGGCUAUUUCUUUAGAGUAUGCGUGGGCUUAUUGUCUUUCUCGGGGAAGGAAAGAGAACGAAUGUGGAUUAGACCUUGUUGACUCGAUCUUGAGUGUUCCUUUGGUAAUCUGGACAAGGUAUCAAUCGCCGUUUGCUAGGCUGAUAUCAAUUUGGGUUCAAAGAUUCGUUGAGAGUGGUUUAUUAGACAGGGAAUGGGUAAAUGCCCCGAGCGUUACUUCAGUGUUGCCUUCAGACGCCACUCCUCUCACUUGGAAGCAAACUACGAGUUGCAUGUUGUGUUAUUUAUUGGGUGUUGCCAUCUCUACUAUUGUAUUUUUAAUAGAACUUGCCCUGCACAAAAUCAAAAAGAAAAAAAUUAAAUUCGUUUUAUAA